GUCGUCCUCAUUUCCAUAGCUACUCAGUUUCACACCAGUAUCAUUCCUUAUCUUCAAUUUCCAGUUGCUGGUUCCCUGAUCCUACCCAUUAUCGUUGCUCAAGCAGGCAAUUCGGCCUUGAUUUCAGCUAUAGAUUUCGCAUCAUUCUUCGGCAAAGCUUCUCAGCUACUCUUGAAGUCUAUCAGGCAGCAUACUUCUUGCAUUUAACCAAGAUUCGUAAUCGCGUUCAGCGAAAGUCCUUCGCAUUGCUAUUUAAACAUCUCGCAGUCGCGGCGUGCGAAUAACUCCGCAUUUGAGCGGAGUCUCCAGACUACGAGAACUUUUUCUUCUUUUCAUCACAAGAGUCAGCAGCCAUGUUGGCGAUUUUUCAGAAGUCCAUCGGCGAGGCGCCGCAGGAGCUGAUGGCGCCGAAGCUGAAUCGAUCGGCGUCCAUGUCAGGCCGGCUGGACGCCAAGGAGAUCCUCCACGGCUUUAAGAAGGCGCACCCGGGCGCCGUGCUCAUGCAGUUCGACGAGCAACACGCUAUCGCGUACACGCACGACAUGCAGGACUUCCUCAUGCCCAGGCAAUUCGCGGCAUGCGACGAUGUAUUCUGCGCGUUUGCCGGCAACAUUGAGAACCUGGCGCAGCUGCGGCAGCGGUACGGGCUGGACCGGCACGUGAGCGAGGUGAACCUCAUCAUCGAGGCGUACAAGACGCUGCGCGACCGCCGCCCGUACCCCCCCGACCAGGUCAUCGCGGACCUCGCGGGCGCGUUCGCGUUCGUGCUCUAUGAUAACAAGGCCAAGACGGUGUUCGUGGCGCAUGAUGCCCAAGGCAAGGUGCCCUUGUACUGGGGCAAGUGCCUGGAUGACGGAGUGCUCGCAUUCUCAGACGACCCUGCAGUACUCAAGGCCGGCACCGGCUCCUCCUUCGCCCCCUUCCCUCUUGGCUGCUUCUACUCGUCUGACGGUGGCCUCCGGAGCUUCACAGACCCUGAGAAGCAGCUCAAGGCCAUCCAGCAUGUGGACAGCCAGGGUGAGCUGUGUGGUGCGACCUUCAAGGUGGAUAGCCACCAGGACUUGACCCAGCUGCCGCUAGACUCCAAGGACGACAACAGCGGACGGGGGUGGUCUUAAGGCUGUUAGCAGCAGGAGUAGAGGGAGGAGUGGGGAAGAGGGGAAGGGGAGUGGUGGGUAUGGUGGGGCGAUCUUCGAGGUGGAUAGCCACCAGAAUUUGACCCAGCUGCCGCUAGGCAGACGGAGUUGGUAAAAAGCAAGGAGAAAAUGCUGGUUGCAUUGCUAUGGCACGGUAUGGUUGCACUGCUACAGUGGGCAACACUCGAUUCAUUGUGAACAGCCAUCAGGGCCGGUAUCUCCCCAAGACUAGAUGAUUUUCUGCAUUCAUUCCUUCGCUUUUCCGAAUAAUACUUCUUACCAUAAGAUGCUACCUCACCAAAUGUGAAACUUGUUGUAAAAACGAUAAUUUAAUGUACGAAGGCAGCAUUGU